GGACAAUCAUCCAAUGGCUAAAGCUCUAUCUGGUGACAAGAAUCAUAAUCAAAAAUGUUAUGCCGGACAAAUGGCAGCUCAGAACCCAUUUCCCCUAGCUGCCUGGAUAUCUGAGGUUUUAUGGAGACUACAGGAGAGAUUUAGAGUGAUGCUGUACGUGUGAUUCAUGGCUGGAUAUCCAUCGCCUGAUCGGGUUUCACUGGAUUGGCCGAAGCAAAUGCCACUCAACACAGCCUCCCUCCCUGCAUGGGUCGCGGUAUAAACAGCAUGGCCAUCGCGCAUUCCAGUGUCUAAAUAUAUCUAUUAAGGCCACAGGAGGGGGAGGACUGGUGUAGGGGGUUUAUCCUGGGACAUUUUACUGCCGUGGUAAACUCGCACCACUUGAAUUAUCUUCCGGAGAUUGACAUUGUUGCGCCCUCAGAGGAGAAAUCGGCCCUAUCCAAACAUGCCCUCGAAUUACAAUGUUAGAUCCAGGACGCGGGAGAGAAACAGCGUCCUGAGCAGACCUGAGUUCAUGUCCCUGAACCACCAGCCCCCGCGAAGCGGCGGCCCUUCUGAAAGCCGAGGCAGUGCAAGGCGACCCGGUCAAAUCAAGCACCAAACAAGCCAGCCAAGUGAAGAACCUACCGACAGCGGCAGCAAGGACAGGAGAGAGUCCAACAAAAUGCCAGAGGAAGACUGUAUGCAGCUGAACCCUUCAUUUAAGGGAAUAGCGAUGAACUCCCUCCUCGCCAUUGAUAUCUGUCUGUCCAAGCGCAUGGGGGUGUGCGCCUACACGUCGUCCUCCUGGGGAGGCUGCCGCUCCAUGGUCGGCCUGUUAGCGCUUACAGGGCACGGCAUCACGUGGAUCAUUGGCACUAUAGUGUGUCUCACGAGGAGUAACACUCUGGCUGGGCAAGAGGUCCUGGUCAACCUGCUGCUUGCCCUCAUCCUUGACGUCAUGACGGUGGCUGGGGUCCAGAGACUGGUGAAGCGCAGAGGACCCUGGGAGAUGACGCCGGGCUUCCUGGACUGCGUCGCCAUGGACAUGUACUCCUUCCCUGCUGCGCAUGCCAGCCGGGCCGCCAUGGUCUCCAAGUUCCUGCUGUCCCACCUGGUCCUGGCUGUGCCGCUUCGCAUCCUGUUGGUGCUGUGGGCCUUCCUGGUGGGCAUGUCCCGGGUACUGCUGGGGAAACACCACCUGACAGAUAUGGUGUGCGGCUUUGCUCUGGGCUUUUUCCACUUUAGCUUGAUGGAGACGGUGUGGCUCUCAUCAAACACCUGCCAGACUCUUAUUUCCAUAAGCACCCUCAGCUGGAGCCCCUUUUUCUGAGCUUUUGAUACGACGCUAUGAUAGCACACAGGGCUCAUUUGAUACUUGCAAUGUCAAGGACUUAGGUCCGGUGAAGUUAUUUUUGCAAGAGUCAGAUUAUUGCAGGUUGUGAACAGAGAAGCAAUAACAUUUGGAUGCAGAUGCUGACUUGCAUGUAAUGCCUAAAACACAUCAGGCAGGUCACAAGAUCUAAAAGCUUCAAAAAUUCUAAUAUCUCCAGUCAAAUCUACUCAUACACAACUAAACUCCAUCAUUUCAAUUACAAUAAGCACUAACAAUAAAGGCAAAAUUAAGACAACUGCAAACUGACAAUGACUUGGUGAAAAUGUGCAUAAACAGGAAGAUAAAGAUUUAGAUUUUAUACAGUUUAUUCUAAUUCUUUCUUGUGCCUCUUCUUCUUUACCACUUUACUUCUUUUCAUCUUCCUCUUCUCUCAGUUUUCUUUAAAUAUUUGUGCUAUUAUUUGAGAUUUCAUUGGUAAGUGAGAUAGUGAAAUACUUGAAUAGUGUUGAGCACUGAAUAGAGUUUGGUGUAAGGCUGUAAUAUUGGAUUUAGCACUAAAAUAUAUAAGUAAUUGUUGUUUGGAUAUUCCACAUUGUUUCUAAUUGGCAUGGCUAUUACAAUAUGUUUGUAUCUUCCUGGUGGGAUUCUGUUCUUUUAACUGUACAUUUAUCAAAUAUGAACUUAUUUUAGAUGAUACUGAAUUUAGCUGUUUGUGCCACACUUGCACAGAAUUAGUAUUUUUAUUACAGGGUCAAAUGUAAUUUCCUACAAUUUAUGCUCUAAUGAGUUUAAAUCUUUUUUUAUAUAUAGUAGAUAUUUCUCCUCAGCUCUGCACAUUAGCAUAACUGAUGUUUGAAGUUUGUUCGUCAGUGAUACUGAUUCUGUGCCCCACUAAACAAAUGUGUGUGGAUGCCGACAUACGAAGCAAAAAUAUCAGUUUGAUGAAGUUAUAUCUUUCUUUUCAAUUUAGUCAUAAUUUCUUUUCUUAAUAUGUCAUUGAUUGACUAUGAAACCAAACCUGCUGUUUUUUUUGUUUGUUUGUUUUUUUUGUGCCAAAAUUAUUUCAGUGCAUUGGUUUGGUGUGUAAAUACAGUUUCAUGUACUUUAGCUUGAUUUGUUCUGUACAUGUAUUUCAUGUUUUUUCUUUUUUUUCCAUCGCAUUAAUAAAACGAGGUGGACUGUCAGUAAAAUGUGGAUGCCUUUGUAUUUUUUUUUUUUUUGUGACCAUAAAGAUACAUAAUAGUCCAAAAUCUUUGUUUUUGUAUUCAUUUUCAGGGAUAAUAGUCAUAGUGGUUGC